AUGUCGUCCGGCGCCAAACCCUUGGUGGUCCACCACUUGCAAUACUCGCAAUCCGAGCGGAUCCCCUGGCUGCUGCACGAGCUGCGUCUCCAAGGUCAUCAGAUUCCAUACAAGCUGGUGCUUCAUCAACGCGCACCGCUCUUCAGCCCACCCGACCUUGCUAAGCUGCAUCCCAUGCACGCUGCUCCCGUCGUCCAGGUCGGCGACCUCACGUUGGCCGAAUCUGGCGCCAUCAUCGAGUACAUUGUUGAUGUGUACGCUUCAGGUGCGCUGAAGCUCCGUCCGGGAGAUUCUGGAUACGAGAAGUACAUUUACUGGUGGCACUGGGCCAACAGUAACUUGCAGCCCGUCAUCAUGCGAUGUGCGACGUUGCGGCAUCUGAAUCUCCCCGACGAUAACCCUGUCAAGAAGAGCACGUUGGAGCGACUUGCGAUAGCUCUAGGCCAUCUGGACAAGCACCUUGAGCAGAAUGUCUGGCUGGCAGGUGACGUUGCGGCGGUUUUGGGGUUUUGA